GUGCUAUUUAUGGAACAUUUUAUUAACAGUAUACUAAAAGAGUGACACUAUAACAUACAGUGAAAUGUUUGCAACAAGGAUCUUUAUUGCCAUAUUUCUAUGCUGUGGCUCAGCACAUUCUUGCCUUUCCGGAUGGUUGACACAUGGGUCGAAAUGUUAUCAUUUUAGUCACGACAAAGAAGAAUGGGUUAAUGCCGUGACAGUAUGUCAAAUACUCGGCGGUCAUCUUGUUGAAAUAGAAGACGUGAAUGAGAACAAUUACAUUGUUGCGCAGGCAAAACUUGGGAACAAAUCAUACUGGAUUGGGUUGAAUGACCUUCAAGAAGAGAACACGUGGGUAUGGGUUAACAACAAUAAACAUGCGACUUACACGGACUGGUACACAAAUCAACCUGACAACAGCAGGAAUAAUGAAAACUGUGCUCUAAUUGCUCAACCGUACGGUUACUUAUGGAAUGAUGCAUCGUGCUCUCUUUCUUUGAACUAUAUUUGCGAGUCAGAAGCAGAAAACGUCGACAUUGUAGGAUGAUAUUUUGGAUGUGUUUUUGUUUUGUCUUUGUAUGAUUUAAUUGAGUUAAACGCAUGAAAACCAA